UUCCGUUCCCAGCGAGUGUUUGCAGGCUGCUGUCAUUAGGCUGAGCAACGUAACCGAGAUGCUUUUCCGACGUUUUGUUAUGAGUGCGCGGGUGUUGUUGCUUGCAUUAUUGUUUCGCCUCGCAGAGGGAAGUAACUGGACGGCAAUUUGCGGCAAGCCCGUGAUAAAAGCGUCGCUGGAAGUGGAUGACAGGAUCAUCGGAGGUCAAGAGGCGGUGCCCGGUAGCUGGCCCUGGCAGGCUGCGCUGCACAAGCCACACAAGGGCUUGAGUUGCGGUGGGGCUCUCAUCAGCGAACGGCACGUCAUCACAGCCGCACACUGCGUAUGGAUGCCGUUACAAGUACAGCGCUUAAUAAAGGUUCAGAUCGGAAACCACAGAAACGACGUUGAUGAACUGGGCGAGGUUUGGGCGGAAGUGGAUGAGAUAUGCGUUCAUGCAGACUACAACCAGAGAAGAAAAACGAGUCUCAAGGCCGACAUUGCAAUUAUCAAACUCAAGCAGCCCGUAAACAUGUCCAGUAGAAUACAACCGGUGUGCCUGCCUCGGAAUUACGAAGAACUUGCCGAAGAUUCUGAAGUUUACGUCACAGGCUGGGGGCACACCGAUGCUAGGGUCAAAAGUGAAUCGAAUCACUUGAAGCAAGCCAUGACGAGAGUGAUAAGCAACGAAGCCUGCCGAGGUCACAGCGGAAGAAUGUUGCCACCAAGUAUACUUUGCGGAAUCCAUGACUAUGGAUCUUCGUGUGAAGGUGACAGCGGCGGACCAGUGGUGCGCAUUUCGAACGAAACUUGGACCAUCCACGGAGUGGUGGUCGGGGGACCAGAGGUCUGUGGACAAGAUGAUGAGCCCAUGUACUUCACGAAGGUGUCCUAUUACAUGACGAAAUUCAUCUUACCCUACAUAAACCCCAAGUCUAGUAGGCAAACCCUCCAGAAGAUCUGCAAGUCUUUCUAAAUCAAUAAUAAAGUUUACCAAAUGCCGUCAUAAAAAAAAAAAAAAAAAAA